AUGUCUGUGGUUUAUAAAUGGUGUUUUAGAGCACCCGCAAAAGCUCUUGUUACUGGCGCCAACGGCUUUGUUGGUGCAUGGGUAGUCCGGACUCUUCUCGAGCAAGGGUACUCUGUUGUUGGCGUUGUCCGCGCCGCCAGUAAGGGCGAUCACCUCAAGAGAAUGUUCUCGUCCUACGGCGAUAAGUUUACCAUUGCUCUUGUCGAGGAUAUCACCAAGCCCGGUGCUUUCGAUGACGUGGUCAAAGACGUACAGCUCAUUGAGCAUGUCGCAUGUCCUGUCCAUACCAACUUCAAGUUGCCCAAUGAACUCAUAGACCCUGCUGUUCUCGGCACCACUGGCAUCCUACAAUCUGCUCUUAGGCACGGUUCACUCGUACGUCGCGUAGUCAUCACCUCCUCAACAGCAGCCGUGAUACGCCCGGUAUCCGAGCACACGGUGUUCAACGAAGCGUGCUAUAACGAUGCUGCCAUCGCAGAGGUCGAAGCCAAGGGAGCCGACAGCCCUCAGAUGUCGGUGUACUGCGCGGCCAAAACGCUGGCCGAGAAAGCAGCCAUGAAACUAGUCGGCGAGAACAAGCCGGCAUGGGAUCUUGUCAUCGUCGCCCCGCCGUGGGUCUUUGGUCCACCGAUUCAUGAAGUUCCCUCGCUCAAUUCUCUCAACGCGUCCAUACAGUACCUGUACAACAUACUCGUCAAAGGUGACAUGGACGCAUCAGCGUUAGCCUCGCAAGGUGGAGGUUGGAUCGACGUUCGCGAUCUUGCGCUCGCGCAUGUUCUGGCUGCUCAGAAGGCAGAAGCCGGCGGCAAUCGUUUUAUCCUUGGCGCCGGUCACUACUUCCUUCAGGAUAUCGUCGACGCCGCCGUUGACAAUGGCGACUCGCCUACGGUGAAAGGAGAGUAUGGUGCCACGGCUGGCAAGGUCCCGCUCAUGGAGUUUGACGCUUCGAAGGCGAAAUCAUCAUUCGGCAUAGAGUAUCGCUCUCUGCAGAGCAUGACUAGAGAUUUGAUGGCAUACUUCAAAGAUUUUUCAGCGUAG